AUGCCACCCACCGAAAAGAAAAAGUCCAAGAAGAGCGGCGGAUCGAAAGAUCAAGCCGGUACUCUCAUCACCGAUCCCAGAUUCGCAAACAUCCAAUCAGACCCCCGCUACCGCCUCCCCAGCAAACGCCAAACUCAUGUAAAACUCGACAAGCGUUUCGCGCACAUGCUGCGCGACAAGGAUUUCUCCAAGAAUGCCGCCGUCGAUCGCUACGGACGCAAGCUCGCGCGUGAUGAUACGAAGAAGCAACUUGAACGAUUCUAUCAACUCGAUGACGAGGAUGAAGAAGAUGAUGAUGAUGACGAAGAAGAAGGAGGCGCCGAGGAAGGCGGCGUUGAAGUCGCCCGCGACGAAGACGUGCAGAAGGAAUUGAAGAGAUUGGAUAGUUCCUUCGACCCUGCGCGCGAUGGUGGAUUCUCGGAUUCCUCGUCGGAAGAGGAGAGUUCGAGCGAUGAGGAGGAUGAAGAGGAUGAGGAGGCGGCGGAUUUGGCGGAGGAGUUAGAUUUCCCGGAUAAGCAGCAGGGGAGUGUGCCUAUGGGCGAGGUGUCGAAGCGGAUAGCGGUUGUCAAUCUGGACUGGGACAAUAUCCGGGCGAAGGAUUUGAUGGCUGUUUUCUCGAGUUUUGUUCCUUCUGGGGCAAGGGUGUUGAAGGUUUCUGUGUUCCCGAGUGAAUUUGGGAAGGAGAGGAUGGAGAGGGAGGAGACGGAGGGGCCGCCGAGGGAGAUUUUUGCGAAGAAGCAGGACGAUGAGGAUUAUGAUGAUGAGGAGGAUGUUGAUUCGGAUGAGGAAGAGGAGAAGAUUAAGCAGUCGAUGCUGAAGAAUGAUGAGGGCCAGGAGUUUAACUCUACUGAGCUACGUCGGUAUCAGUUGGAGCGGUUGCGCUACUUCUAUGCUAUCUUGACUUUCUCUACUAAGGAGGUUGCGAAGCACGUCUACGAUUCCGUCGAUGGUGCUGAGUACCUGUCCAGCGCCAACUUCUUCGACCUGCGCUUUGUGCCAGAUGACACCGACUUUUCCGACGACAAGCCCCGGGACGAGUGCGAGCGGAUUCCAGAUGGCUAUAAGCCCAACGACUUCGUUACCGAUGCGCUACAACACAGCAAGGUCAAGCUGACCUGGGACGCGGAAGACAAGUCCCGCAAAGAUGCCCAGGCGCGGGCCUUCAAAGGCGGCCGGGAGGAAAUCGACGAGAACGACCUCAAGGCUUACCUGGCCAGUGACAACUCCGACGAAGAGAGCGAAGAAGAAGAGGACGACGUGGAGGUUGUCGACGACACCAACGGCGGAAGUUCCGAGAAAGUCUCCAAGAAGGAGGACGAGCGACAACGCAUGCGGGCUUUGCUGGGUCUGAGCACGGAACCUGCCCGGCCGUCCAAGUCAGACCGCCCUGUUGGCGAGAUGGAGGUCACGUUCACAUCAGGUCUGGCGGGCGAGCCUAACCGAGAGAGCAUUUUCGAGAACGAGCCCGAGAAUGAUGAGACGACUAUUGAGAAGUAUGUUCGCAAGGAGCGGGAGAGGAAGAAGCGCAGAAAGGAGAAGUACAGGGCUGCCAAGGGUGGAGAUGAAGAUGGUGCUGAGGAGGCCGAUGAAGACAGCGGCAAGGCUGCCGACAAGCCAGACAAAGGCAAAGAGAAAGAAGAGGAGGAGGACCUGGGCUUUGAUGAUCCGUUCUUCAACAACCCAGAUGGCAAGGCAGCAGCUGCUUCUCGUCGCAAGGAAGAAAAGCGCAAGAAGCGCGAAGAACGAGAAGCCAAGGAAGCAGCAGAAGCCGCUCACCGAGCCGAACUCGAGCUUCUCAUGUUGGACGACAAGAAGUCGGACGUGAAACACUUCGACAUGAACGAGAUCGAAAAAGCGGAGAAGCAGGCCCGUCGGAAGGGCAAGGGCAAAUCCAAGGCCAAGGGUCAAGACGAAGCAGCGGUCACGGACGAUUUCCACAUGGACGUGAGUGACCCACGGUUCUCUCGGCUGUUCGAAAGCCACGAAUUCGCGAUCGACCCGACAAACCCGAAGUUCAAGGCGACUUCCGGAAUGAAGGCGCUGUUGGAUGAGGGACGUAAGCGUCGGAGAGACCGUGACGAGAAGCCAGAGGAACCUGAGGAACGCACGGGGAAGAAGAAGCAGAAGAAGGGAGCAUCGCGGGAGGCAGAGUCGGAGGAUCUGAAGAAGCUGGUGGAUAAAGUGAAGCGAAAGACGCAGAGCUGA